AUGGUCGAAAAGAGCACCACCCGCAAACGAGCUCAAGCCAAACCAACAGACACGGCAACAGGGGGUAAACGUGCACGUCUUGGUGGGACCAGCAACAGUAGCACAGCAUUGCCCUCGACUCGCUUGUCAACAUCGACAACUGUCAACACGACUUCAACGACUACAACACCUCGUCCUCGUGGUCGUCCACCAAAGAAUCCUAAUGCGCCGCCAACUUCAAAUGUUGAUACACCACCACCGCCAACACAACCUCGUCCACGUGGUCGUCCACCAAAGAACCCGAAUGCAACAACGUCCACCACCACACCAUCGUCAAAAUCGGCCAAUGACUCGACCGUGAAGAGUCGUCAAGAGCAAGUACGAGCACAGGAGGUUGGCAUUGUGAGACCCACAUCGAAAAUCAUGAGACGUCCAGCACCUAAAGAACAAGCGUCAACCACACCAAGUGCUACUGGAACAACAGCAACUGACAAAGGCACUGCAAAGCCCAAAGCAUCCACAGCACGCGCAUCAACAACAUCCACCAAGGACACACCCUCCACCGCAACAAAGCGCACAACCAAAACCCCGAGUCGAGCUACCAAGCAAGUACAUCCAGUGCUUCCAAUCAUCAAAUCACCUUUCAAGCUGCAAUAUAUGAUGCAAGGUCACGUGGAAGAAGAUGCACGUACUGAGAGAGCCAAUUUAUGGGGAUGUGAAUAUGAACCAGGGACCAAUGUGGUGGCAGUAUGUGGUGGCGACAUGAUCCUGUUCCUGGAUGUACAACAAGGGCGCUAUGUGAAAAAGUACAGCCAUGUCGAAUCCAACGAGGAGUUCAGGUGCUUAGCAUGGACAUUGUUGAAAGGCUCAAAGGAUUUACGCGAUGAUGAGGCGGAUGAGGAUGAUAAAUGUACCGUAUUAGCAGCAGCAGGUCGAUUGGGAUCCAUCAAGCUAGUGAAUGCUUUACAAAACCAAUGCUUUCGACAUCUGUUUGGCCAUGGAAAGCAGAUACGCAAGCUACAAUUCUCAAAGGCACAUCCUCGAUGGUUAUUCAGUGCAUCCGAUGACAUGUCCGUAAGGCUAUGGGAUAUUGGCACACCCAACAACAAGCAAGAAAAUAAUUCAGCGUGCCUUGCCAAAUUCAUGAUCCCGACAAAGCUAUCAGUACCAACAGCAAUCAAUGCGUUCAGGGGCAACUUGAUGGUUGGCUGUGCGGAGGGUGAUUUGGUGCAUUUCGAUAUGAAGGAUGCUGGAUUGGAUAAGCUGGUUGAUAAGGAAGUGGACGGUGGUGCUGGCACUAUUGUCAAGAACAAGAUUGUAUACCCUGCAGGAGACGAAUGGCAUGAAGGCUACGUUGAUGAUAUUUAUAUCCUGGGACAACACGGCGGAAAUCCACAUCCGCUUGAUGGCUGUAUAGUAUCACGUGGUGUGGAAGAUUACGAGAUAUUGGUCUGGAAGCACAAAUCAAGUACUAAAAAGGACGCUGAUAUUGCUAUCUCUCUCGAGUGGCCAGAAUCCGUGGAUGAAGUGGGAUUGCGGUUUAAAGUCAUCGAACGGCAUGAUCAAAAGGUGAUCGUGGCUGGUGAUUACGAUGGUCAAAUACGGCUCUACAAUUUCGGUGAUGGUAAACUUAGCAAGACGUUGGAGGAUAAUAGCAAAGAGAUGUUUCAACCAACGAAGGUACUCUCCCACCCCAAAUCAUCGGGCCUUAUACGAGAUGUAUGCGUUUCAGAGGACACAAGCACCAUUGUUGCAGUAGAUUCGAAUAAUCAUAUCUUCGUUUGGUCUUGUAGCUAG